AUGGAUAAAGCAUACGUCGUUCAGCAUGUUGGUGACUUAAACACACCACAAUCGUUGAACACAUUGUCUGAUUUCGAAGCCGCUCUCGAGUUAUUAUACCCGUUCAAGCAUCACCACCACACCACCAAAGAUUUAAAAGAAUUAUUGAACCUGCCUAUCAUCCCCGAUCCAUGCAACGCACGUUACAGCCCUAUGCAGCGCACAAAGAAAGUCCUUAUAUUAGAAUCUGAAUCAGAAGUAGACGACGAGGAAUAA